GUAGCCGACGUGAAUAAACAAUGAGACAGCAGACGUCACGUCGAAUUAAUAUUACCUCGGGCGCUGUAUUAUUAAUCGACGAAACCGUGCCCCAUCUUCCAGCGUUUAUUUCGUCCGCUCGUAUUCGCGCGUUUCGCCACAGUCUCGGCGCGUUGCGCAAAAUAUAUCGCGAGGUUACUUAUCGUUCGAUUCUCACGUGGCACGAUAUGCACAAUCUCCGAGUGAAGCACGUCGGAACGUACGUGGCGCUUUUCGCGUCGCUCUGCCUCGCUUCUAACGUUCGCGCGGCCGACGGCGACUUCGUCCGCGACUACUUCGUGCACAAAGCGGUGCGCAGUGUCGUGGGAUUCUCCUGCGGGAAUCCCACAAACGAUUUUAAUUUCGUGAAGAAAUUAAGCAGCGCCGGUAUAUUCACGAUCGUCCGGAAAGUGGACGCGAAGCUCAACAUACGACGCUUCCUGAGCACGGAGACGUGGACCUUAGGCGUCGUCGUGGAUCUGCGAUGCGAGAACGACAGCGCCAUGGCCAUUUUCUCCGAGAGCUCCAGGUAUCGUAUGUACGAUUACUCGUACAGCUGGCUGGUCUUGGGAUCCAAGUUGAAUAAAAGCGUGCCUCUUUUGAACGACACCGCGUACAGCAUGACCACCGAUCUCGCGCUCGCGAUCGUCAACGGCAGCGAUUACGAUCUCUACGACGUCUACAAUCACUGCAAGUAUCGAGGAGGCACUCUGAAUGUGACGAGGCUGGGCUCCUGGCGACCUGGAGCCGGCCUCACCAUCACUCUGACUCAACCCUUGGUCCAGAGGAGGGCUAAUAUGAACGGCAUGACGCUGAAAAUAUCGGGCGUGAUACAAUACAGGCCGAAAAACAUGCGCCUGGAGGAUUACAUGCACGACAUCAACACCAGAUCGUUGGACAGCAUGCACAAAUUCGUGUACGCGAUGAUAUCUCACACCGCUGAUCUCUUCAACUUCAGUGUACACGCCUCGGAGAUCAUUUAUUGGGACCGCCACAGCGUGCACGGUUUGAUAUUCGAGAUCCUGAAUGCGAAUUACAUCGACUUCGGCAGUAACCCCAGGAUUAUGGUGUCCGAAAGAUUAGAAUACGCCACUCUCAUCGGCGCGGCAUGGCCAAUUCGACCCUGCUUCAUGUUGCUGUCCACCACGGAGAACAAGAUCAAGCUCGGGAUCUUCUUGAAGCCGUUCACGCGGGAUAUUUGGUACGUGAACGGCGUGUUCAUCGUGAUAUGCAUAUUUAUCAUGCGGAUAAUAAUGAGGAGCGAGGAGGUGAGCAGAAGUGAGAAAUAUUCCGGGGCGAUGGUACUCACCAUGGGCAUAGUCGCUCAACAAGGUGCGAAUUUCUCUCCCAAGCGCAUUCCGAGCCGCAUCGCCCUCCUGCAGAUUCUCAUGUUCAACUGGAUCAUGUACAACUACUACUCGGCCAGUAUAGUGUCGGCACGCCUGAGCGAGCCGCUCGACAAGAUGGAAGACUCCGUGACGGUGCUCGCGGACAGCAAACUGAGAAUCGCCGCGGAAGCUGUGCCUUACCUGAAUUACUUUUUAUACAAACUCAACUGGGAGUCGAAUUACUUCAGGAAGAAACGCUGGGACCCCCUGCCGGAGGCGCAAAGGUACUUGCCGUUAGAGGAGGGCAUGCAGCUGGUGAGCGACGGCGUCUUGGCGUAUCACACAGACCCCAAUACGGCGUAUCCUUACAUCGAGAGGAUGUUCGACGCGAACAAGAUCUGCGCGUUGACGGAGAUCCAUCUGUUCAAGCAGUCCGUCAUGGGUAUAUACGCCAGUCGCAACGGCCAGUUCACCGAGAUUGCGAAGAUCGGAUUGUCCAAGAUGUUUAACACCGGGCUGCGCGAUCGUCAGGUGAAAUUUUGGUCGAGCAGGAAGCCCCAGUGCCAGCUGGACACGUUGUCCACGAGGAGCAUCACCAUAUACGAGACCUCCCCGGCUUUGAUACUGUUAACCCUCGGCAUGGUCGUCGCGUGUGUAAUAUGCGUCAUCGAAAACAUCGUCUAUAAUCGAUCCAUGAGGAAGGAGAUGCAAAGGCGAGCGAGCAGCAGCGACGUGGAGAAGAUAGCUGGCACGAGCGAGCGCAAGUCGCCCGAGUGAGGCACUUCGAAGAGGCAAACUCCCACGCAUCGGUCGUCGUGUUAUAAAUUAUGGAUUCGUUAGUAUCUCGCGCGCACCUCGCGCGAAGAAGUAUAUAACAAGUGUAAUUUCUCUCAAUCGCUGUAAUCGUUCGAAUAAAAGCUGGGGUCGCUUUGCAUGACAAAAAGCGGCUCGCCGGCGAACUUUC